CGUAGUACGUUUCCGCGACCGGCGCCGACCACUGGUCCCAUUAAUCGUUUACGUAUUAUCCGGUAUUUAAUAAUAUCGUAGCCGUUUUGAGAUUAUUCUCCACAUUAUUAUGUCGUAAUAAUAAUAAUAAUAAUAGUAAUAAUAAUAGUAUCGUGAAACCGCCAACGUGUAACCGUUAGACCGCCGAAACCGGUAAUAAUAACAAUAACAACGACGACGACGACGACGACGACGUUAUUAUGCCAACGACACAGUUUUUCCGAUGACACCGUCGUUGUGAUCGAUCCGCGCGAACAAGAAUUUCGAAUCGCAAGUGUGAGCGGCACGCGUACAGAUAAUCAUCAACAGCCGUCCGUAGUCCGGUCGUGAGCGCGUACCACAGGCUUGUCGUCCAGCCAGCUGUUCGAGAACAUGUCGCAGUUUCGUCUGCCGUUGGUGGUGGUGUCCGCCGUAUUGGUUUUGUUGUCGGGCCAUGCCGACGUCGGCAGCUGCAACCAGGUCGUGUCCCGGUUCGAGUACAAGUACAGCUUCAAACCACCGUAUUUGGCACAAAAGGACGGAUCCGUGCCGUUCUGGGAGUACGGCGGAAAUGCUAUUGCCAGUGCAGAUAAUGUCCGAAUUGCUCCAUCUUUAAAAAGUCAAAAAGGUGCAAUUUGGACAAAAAGUCAAACAAAAUUUGAUUGGUGGACAGUCGAAAUUAAUUUUAGAGUCAGUGGAAGAGGACGAAUUGGUGCUGAUGGCCUGGCAUUUUGGUACACAACUUCUAAAGGUGACUAUAAUGGUCCAGUAUUUGGUAGCUCCGACAAAUGGGUUGGAUUAGGAGUAUUUUUUGAUUCUUUUGACAAUGAUGGAAAACACAACAAUCCAUAUAUUAUGGGUGUAGUAAAUGAUGGAACACAAGUUUUUGAUCAUGCAAAGGAUGGUUCUACUCAACAAUUAUCUGGAUGUUUGAGAGAUUUUAGAAAUAAACCUUUUGCAACAAGAGCCAAAAUUGAAUAUUAUAUGAACACAUUAACGAUAUUUUUCCAUAGUGGCAAUACUAAUAAUGAAAAGGACUUUGAAAUUUGCUUUAGAAGUGAAAAUGUUUUUCUACCUAAGAAUGGUCAUUUUGGUGUAUCUGCUGCUACUGGUGGUCUUGCAGAUGAUCACGAUGUUCAUCAUUUUUUGACAUAUAGUAUUUACCCACCGGGAACAACAUUCAAAUCAGCUGGUACAUCUCAGCAGACAUCAGAUGAAGAAAAUAAACUAACUAAAGAAUAUGCAGAUUACCAACGGAAAUUAGACCAAGAAAAAGAAGAUUACCAUAAGCAACAUCCAGAAACUAAAACAAGAGAAGAUAACGAGUUUGAAGAUUGGUAUGAAACAGAUAGUCAAAGAGAAUUAAAUCAGAUAUUCUCUGGUCAAAGUCAGAUUGUAGAUUCUGUAAAAGUAUUAAGCCAAAAACUUGAUGAAGUAGUUGGUCGUCAGGAACGGACACUCAGUUUGCUAUCUAAUGUUCAAUCUACUAUGGCGGUUCUUGGAUCAUUGGGUGGUGCACAGGGACAACCUGUACAAAUUCCACAAGCAAAUGCAGGAAUGGGAAGACAAGAGGUUGAUGUAUUGAUAAACAACCAAAAUGGUAUUAUCAACUCUGUGAGAGAAGUCAGGAACUUAGUGACAGAAGUACAUUUAAAGACUGAAAACAUAAUUAAAAACCAAGCUCACCAACCAACAGCUCAAGUUCAACCAUUAGGUUAUGACCAGGCAUCAAUUAUACAUGAAAUCAGGGACUCAUUGAAUACAAUCAAACGAGAAUCUUCACAGAAGGCUGGGUAUUCACAACAAUUAUCAUGUCCUACAUGUGCAACCAAUACAAUUGUUUUAGUUGCUGCAGUGGGUCAAACAUUGUUAUUUAUUCUUUACGCUGUCUAUAAGAACAGUAAAGAAUCACAAGCUAAGAAAUUCUAUUGAACCUUGGAAAUAAGAGCAGAACUAAAUAAAUUAUACUAUGUAUAUAAUUAGGAGAUUUCAUUAAUUAUUACAAUUGUGUUAAAAUAUAAUUGAUACCUCUUAUGAAUAAGAUAAUAGUAUAAAUGUAUUUUUUUGGUACGGGUGAUAAAUCUGCACUAUAAAUCUACCAAAAUAAUUUUUUUUUACUGUGUAAUUAAUGACUUAUUAUUAAAUUAAGAUAAUUUUUUUUAAGAUUGUUUUAUUUUUCUUUACAAUAAAAAAGUGUUGUGAUUUAUAAAAUUAAAAUUAUGAAAUAAAUUUAAUUAAUUAUCCAAUUCAAAAUAAUGUAACCAAAAUUUGAAUCCAUGUUGAUUUGUUACUUACCACAACAUUAAAUUUAUUAUGUUAAUUUUGAUAUGUUUUUUUUUAAAUAAUUUUAAAUGGAAAAUAAAAAUCAAUAAACAAAAUAAUAA